GGGGAGUGCUGGCGACUCCGCGGCGCUGAGCGCGGCGGCCGCCCGGGCAGAGCCGGCUCGCAGCGUGCAGAGCGAGCGCGGCGCGCGCGCUUCCCGGGCAGCCCCACGCCCCUGCCUCGCGCGCUGCCCGCGCCAUGAAGCACAUCCCGGUUCUCGAGGACGGGCCGUGGAAGACCGUGUGCGUGAAGGAGCUGAACGGCCUCAAGAAGCUUAAGAGGAAAGGCAAGGAGCCGGCGCGGCGCGCGAACGGCUAUAAAACUUUCCGAUUGGACUUGGAAGCGCCCGAGCACGGCGCCACCGCCACCGCCACCAACGGGCUGCGGGACAGGACCCAGCGGCUGCAGCCGGUCCCGGCCCGGGUGCCAGCCCGGGUGGCGCCGGCCGUUCCCUCAGGUGGGGGCGCGGACACGGUCGGGGAGCGCGGGGGCGCUAGGGCGCCGGAGGUCUUGGACGCGCGGAAACGCGGCUUCGCCCUGGGCGCAGUGGGGCCGGGACUGCCCACGCCGCCGCCGCCGCCGCCGCCGCCGCCUCCCGCGCCCCAGGGCCAGGUGCCUGGGGGUCCCGAGGCACAGCCUUUCCGGGAGCCCGGCCUGCGUCCCCGUAUCUUGCUGUGCGCUCCGCCAGCACGCCCCACGCCGUCGGCGCCCCCUGCGCCCCCCGAGCCCUCAGUGCGCCCCGCGGCCCCCACGCGCCCUGGGGAAAGUUCUUACUCGUCAAUUUCACACGUAAUUUACAAUAACCACCCGGAUUCCUCCGCGUCGCCUAGGAAACGGCCCGGCGAAGCGACGGCCGCCUCCUCGGAGAUCAAAGCCCUGCAGCAGACCCGGAGGCUCCUGGCGAACGCCAGGGAGCGGACGCGGGUGCACACCAUCAGCGCAGCCUUCGAGGCGCUCAGGAAGCAGGUGCCGUGUUACUCGUAUGGGCAGAAGCUGUCCAAGCUGGCCAUCCUGAGGAUCGCCUGCAACUACAUCCUGUCCCUGGCGCGGCUGGCCGACCUUGACUACAGCGCGGACCACAGCAACCUCAGCUUCUCCGAGUGCGUGCAGCGCUGUACCCGCACCCUGCAGGCCGAGGGCCGCGCCAAGAAGCGCAAGGAGUGACCGGUCAUGGGCUCGUCCAAGGACACCGCUGUGGGCCCUCUUUCCAGUCCAGCUUGAGGAGAAGCUGAGCUCGCCAAGUCCAGCCUCGUCUUCCUCUCUAAGAUGCCACCGAUGCUCAGACCCCCGCCUCUUAGGACAGGGGCCUCCCUCUUGCCCUCCCCCACCCUCCCCCCCAGCCACGUCACGGUGACUUUGCACUUUGCUCUCUGCCUGGGGGGGGUGGGGAGAGCAAGGCCUUCCCCGUGCCUGGGUCUGAGGCCCACCGUCCAGCUGCAGAAAUUCAUUGCCAAAGAUUCGACAGAGACGCUGAACAAAAUGGGGUGAGGAGACCCCGCAGUGAAAAGCCACACCGUUGCUCUGUGACCUUUUCUCGUCUCGUGGCCUGGGUCCCACCCCACACCAAAGACACAUCAGCAAUUCCACUGGGGACUCUUGGGAGGGAUGGACGUUUGGGGACCGUUGGAAGCGCUUGACGCUGUGACCCGGAACUCUCUUUCUAUGCUGGGCCCCGCGCUGCAGGCUAAGCCUUCUGGGGGCUGUGAGGGGGAGGCUGGGGGUGCCUGCGGGGAGUGGGAUCCGCGAUCCCGGCCCCUCUGUCCCUCCUGCUGGCUGCCCAGGCCUCUGAGCCUGAUUUUCCACGUUCCCUGGGCCCAGGCUCCUUCUUGCGCCCUAAGCGUCAUGAGAAGUGAGUGGGGGGCAGGAGGCAAUUUUGACCACCCGUACACCACCCCAGGGACUUGUCCAAAGUGACCUGCCAAAGGGUCUUUGCUCCCCCGGCCAGCCUGGCCAGCCACUCCUUGCCAGGGGUCCGUCCUCCCGCCUGGGCACGCAAGAUGGCACUCUGCCUGGAGGCCAGUGGUCUGCGAUGGCCGUGCAGGGGGCAGAGGGGAGGAAGGGACCAGGGGAACGGGCCAGCGUGUGGGGAGGCAGGCAUGGUCAAAGCCAAGGCCUGUUCCUUCCUUGUACUCACAAGGCCAAAGCUGUUCACAUCUGUGCUCAACCAUCUGCUUCAAAUUGAAGUAAAAGCCCCAACAUGUAAAGAAAA